GGUAAAAGGCAUUCCAAGUCGCACACUCUGUGCCGUCGUUGCUCCAAGCGCUCCUUCCACAUCCAAAAGAAGGUCUGCUCCUCAUGCGGUUUCCCUGCUGCCAAGAUGCGCAGCUACAACUGGGCUGAGAAGGCGAAGCGGAGGACGACCACCGGUACCGGCCGUAUGGCUCACCUCAAAGACGUCAACCGUCGGUUCAAGAACGGCUUCCGGGAGGGUGGUGCCGCGACCAAGCGCACCAAGACUGCUUCUUCUGCUUAA